AUGUCAGGGUUAGAACAUCUACAGAACUUAUCUAUCCAGCCGUCAAAUCGGAGUACUCAACAGCAACAAAUCAUUUCUCAACCACAAGCACAGUACUCACAACUGGCGGCUAAACGAAGAUCUGCCAGAGACUAUCAGUUUGGAGCUAAAAUAGGAGAGGGGUCAUAUUCUACAGUAUACUCUGCGUUGGAUAAAUAUACCAAUAGAACAUAUGCUAUUAAAGUGUUAUCCAAACGACAUAUAGUGAAAGAGAACAAAAUUAAAUAUGUCAAUAUCGAAAAAACCACUUUGAACAGAUUGGGUCAACAGCAUCCGGGAAUCGUUCAAUUAUACUAUACUUUUCAAGAUGAGAGUAGCUUAUUUUUUGUUUUGGAUUUUGCAGAAUAUGGCGAAUUAUUGUCCAUCAUCAGAAAAUUCGGAUCUUUGUCAGAAUCAGUGCUGAAAUUUUACAUGUGUCAAAUAAUAGAUGCCGUAAGGUUUAUUCAUCUGAAAGGGGUGAUCCAUCGAGACUUGAAACCAGAAAAUAUCUUAGUUGGGCAUGACUUUAAUUUAAAGAUCACUGAUUUUGGAGCAGCCAAGUUGUUAGGCAACCACGAAGAAUUUAACGGUGAGAAAAUAGACUACAAUUCAGUAGAUGCCAGUCCUGAAGUAUCUGAUACAGAUAGAAAGGGAUCGUUUGUGGGCACAGCUGAAUACGUGUCUCCGGAAUUACUUAAACAUAAUGUUUGUGGGUUUGAAUCUGAUAUUUGGGCUAUUGGGUGUAUACUAUAUCAAUUUUUUCAUGGCGUGCCGCCGUUCAAAGGAAGCACGGAAUAUUUGACUUUUGAGAAGAUUAUUAAUGUUGACUACUCGUACAAAUCGCCAAUACCCUUACCACCUGAUGUGAUCCAGUUGAUAGACCUGAUACUUGUUUCUGAACCAUCUGCACGAGCCACAAUCCCACGUAUCAUGUCGUCAAAGUGGUUUUCUGAAAUACCUUGGGACGAUCAGAAUUUUAUAUGGCACAGGAAGGUCCCUCGGUUUGAAGCGUUUGGUGCAGUUACACCGUCACCAGCAAUGCCGCCAAUGAUGAAGAACGGCACCAACAGAAACGUCAAUAAAUCCAACUCUUACCAUCAGUUGCAGUCACAGAUACUGGCUUCUGAGUUUGGAUUCAUUCCGUCAAUAGCAGCAAAAAAAUCUUAUAAACCCCCAACGAUGAUAAAGAACAACGUAGCAAUGCCUGCGUUGAACCAAACUACAUAUAAUCCCAAUUAUCAACAACAUGUACCACACCCACCUCCUAUUUCAUCUCAACCAGUAGUACAACAAAAUAUGCCGCCACAAAUUCAACCGCAGAGAAGUGGUUCAGCACAAACACCCCAAUUUGCACCAGUUGCAGCUCCUAAUCGACCACCGAUUGCUAGCAUGCAAGUUAGACAAGCCGGGCCGCAAGUGUUGGUACCACAAAAAACUCCCCCUUUCCCAAAGGAAAAGAACAGUACACCAAAUUUAAGAGACAACACAUCUUUUGCACAAAUGACUCCAAGAAGAAACGGGGAGAUACCAGGACAACAAUCACCAUUUGCAAAAUCACAACAGUCACUGCAACCGCUGCCGCCGCCACCACCACCACCAUCACAAAAAUUUGUGUAUCAACUGCAACAACAAAAACAACAAGAAGAUGUAACGGGCUCUAGGAAUACAUCUACAAAUGCAGCGGCGGCAGCGUUUGCUACAAAAAAUUUGCCACAGCAAACUUAUAAAACAACCAAUGAUUCUUCUAUACUGCCAGCAAUGAAGAGCAAAAAAGUACAAGAGAAUUUCAUAAAAUUCAGUGAGGUCUCUGGUCUCUUGAAGCACGAUGAAAAGAUUUUGAAAAUGGACAAUUUGAUCAAGCUGGUUUUGAGCAAGAAAUAUUUAAAUAAGCCCGAAUAUCAGGUGUUAGAUGAUUCUGUUUUGGAUGAGUUGACUUCCAAAUAUGCAAGUAUUCUUAAACAAGAAUCGAAGGUAGUCAUCACCAUUGUCACUAAUAUGGCUCGUGUAUUCUUUAUAGAUGCAUCCUUGAACGUCAUGCUAGUCGAUUUAAAGGCAAACAAGGGAGCAGACUAUCUGAUGUAUGAUUAUGAAUUUGAGAACAUUGUUGAUGAAGAUGGUAAUUUACUUCCAAAGCAAGAUGAAGCGUUUGGGUACUUGAUUAUUGAAUUGAUUAAAGACGGGGGAGAUUUGGUAUUCCUACAGAGAAUUAGCGAUGAGCAAAGAUUAAAAUUGACCAAUGCUGUCAAGGUUUUAGACAAAAACGGCGAGGAAGUGGUCGUCGGCGCUAGUCAUGGGUGGAUCGACUGUUUACUAAUAGCUCGAGAAAUUUCAAUUGAGCAAAGUCAAGAUAAAAAGCAACCACGAUCUGUGAGCUCGUCAUCUAAUGUAAGUAUCAAUGAAGCCAAAUCAGAAAAGUCAAAGAAAAAGAAACCGUCAUUACCAAAUAAGAAACCCAGACCCAAGAAGAAAGGUACAAGCUCCAACGGAACGCCUCAAACAACACCCACUCAAAGUCAACCAUCAAACUUUGCAUUUGCAGCGGCAGCAGCUGUACACUACCAAAAAUAA